GGCAGUAGGAAAAGCUGUAAAGGCACCUUCGUCGUACUCCGGUGACGAACCGCUCGUGAGCUGCGUACGGCACGGCGGUACCGUACAAGAGCCGGAAAUUAUCACACCCGACGAGGGAAAAGGCGACGGAACCACUCCCCAGAUUGGGGGAACACGAGAGCGGCGUUCUCUUCGCCGCGCGCGCCAUGGAUUACGAGCGAGGCGUUGCCGUUCGCGGGCGGCCGGAAAGCCGGCGGGCGGCUUACCCGGAAAGGAAGGGGGGAGGAGGGGCGGCCAUCUGUCGCUCUAGCCAUUCGUGCUCGGCGUGCGUAUAUAUAUAGCGGCGGAUCGAUGGAGAGCUUCUCACUACUCCAAUUCCCAUUCCUCCGGUGUUCCCCAGCCUCCGCCUCUGCCUCCCCCGCUCCAGGACUUUGCUCCGCCACCUCUUCAGAUCUGCUGCUCCUGCUCCGUCUGCGUUCUGAGGAAAUGGCGAAAAAGGUCGAUGCUCCGAACGGCAUGCGAAACAAUGGCAAGCAUUACUACACCAUGUGUCAGACCAUGUUCGAGAUCGACACCAAGUACGUGCCAAUCAUGCCCAUCGGGAGAGGAUCCUACGGUACCGUAUGCUCGUCGGUAAACCAGGAGACCAACGAGAAGGUCGCGAUAAAAAAGAUAAACAAUGUCUUCAACAACCGGAUUGAUGCGCUCAGGACGCUUCGCGAGAUGAAGCUCCUUCGGCACUUGCGUCACGAGAAUGUUAUUUCUUUGAAGGAUGUAAUGAUGCCCCUACGCAGGAGGAGCUUCAAGGAUGUGUAUCUGGUCUCUGAACUCAUGGACACGGAUCUGGAUAAGAUAAUAAUGUCGUCACAGCCGCUUUCCAACGAGCACUGCCAAUAUUUCCUUUUUCAGCUCCUCCGAGGGUUGACAUGUCUUCAUUCAGCAGGAAUACUCCAUAGGGAUCUGAAACCAGGGAACCUUCUGAUUAAUGGAAACGCUGAUCUGAAGAUAUGUGACUUUGGUCUUGCUCGCACAGAUAAUAGUGAAGGUCAAUUGAUGACUGAGUAUGUUGUCACUCGUCCGUAUAGAGCUCCCGAGCUACUGCUCGGUUGCGACAACUAUGGCACCGCCAUAGAUGUCUGGUCAGUUGGCUGUAUAUUUGCUGAGCUACUUGGCCGCAAGACUAUCUUUCCAGGAGCUGAUUGCCUAAGUCAGCUCAAGCUUAUAGUCAAUGUUCUUGGCACCAUGAAUGAUGGUGACCUUGAGUUCAUUGACAGCCUAAGGGGUCGCAACUACAUCAAAUCCCUUCCAUACACCCCCGGGACCCCCCUCUACAGCAUGUACCCACAAGCGCACCCUCUUGCCAUUGAUCUGUUGCAGAAGAUGCUUAUCUUUGAUCCUUCCAAAAGGAUUAGUGUCAUUGAGGCUUUGGAGCACCCCUACAUGUCGGCGCUGUAUGAUCCAAGUGCAAACCCUACUGCUCAGGCGUCUGUCGAUCUUGAUAUAGAUGAGAACCUCAGCACAGAUAUGAUCCGAGAAAUGUUGUGGCAGGAGAUGCUCCAGUACCACCGGAGGCCGUCAAAAUGGAGAAUAUUUAACAAGUAGAAGAUGCUCCAGUACGCCUGGAGCGGACAUAUUUCGACGACAGGAUGCUCGAUGGGCUAACCUUGGAUUUUCUCAUAACAAUAAAUAGUUGUUUGUUGGAUGCUGUUGCGAUUCAUGUGUCUCACUGAUCAGCUGCAUGUAUUGAAACCGCUGGAUUUGGAUGUGUUUGCCGUAUAAUUAGUAGACGGAAAUAGCAAAAUGUCUGGGUACAGCCUACAGUAGUUGCAGACCUAUAUUGUACUACUGGUAUGUGACUGACAAAAAACAUUGGCAACGAUGUACCCCAUAUUACAAGAUCUUUGGUGUAAGAAUUA